GAGCCUCUAUUAUCUUGUUUACCAUUCGUUGUCCCGUCGUCGUCUCGGUAAGACUCGCAGAGGAUCUUUCCGUCAUUACGUGUUAUCUUCUCAGAGAGGUUGCGUUUUGUUCGUCAUGGCUUCGCACUUCACGCUGCUGCUGUGUAUUUCUCUGGCAAUUGUCGCCGUUUUUGGAGCGGACUGUGGUGGUCGCUCAUGUGACUACAUUUGCACAGAUCCCGAGACACUUAACUGCCCUUACGGGAAGGUUUAUAACCCGUGCAGAUGCUGCACUGAAUGUCGUAAGGGCGCAGGUGAAGAGUGCGGUGGCCUCUCAAACGUCUUUGGCACCUGCGCAGAGGGGCUGGUCUGUCACGGGGGAUACGGCAUAGAGAGACCAGGUCGUUGCAAAGCCCAGCGACCCUACGGGCGGAAAUAAGAGGCCUCCAUGUCUUGGCUAAGGACCGUUUCCGAAGAAAGGGGAGGGUUGUUGGUGAACCUGCUUUCUAGCUGAGCGGAGUCGUGGAUCCUGUACGAAAAUGACUUGAAAAGAUUUUUUGGCUACUCCUGCUCUGAGAUUCGGCAAAUUAAACAGUAGAUGGGUCUCAUUUAUUACUUGUACCCUUAUUUCACAGCGGUUGUCGUUUUAGUGACCAAUUGGUUAUAAGAUAUGUAAAGUUUUCAUUAGAUAUCAAAAGUUGUCGUUAGGUUUCAAACUUUGAAACUUGAUAAAAUAGAUAAUCAAA